CACUGAGCCGAGUCCCAGCUGAGGAAAACACUCCUCUAGGUGUCAGGUCUCUGCAUGUUUGUUGCAAGUUGAAAGAGGAAUCUAAACGCUCAUCCGUCUGCCCACAGAUCAGCCACUUCCUGAACUGCUGAAACUGGCUCGAGCUAUUUUUAAGGAUCUCAUUUCACGAGAACGCGUGAGGAUGUCUCGUCUCUGCUCUCUGGCCGUGGUCGUCCUCGUCUCAUCUGGAGGCUGGUGUCCGCCGGGUGCAGCGGAUGUUGGCGAUUUCGCUCCCUGUCUGCAGUUCUUCUACAGGUCCUGGCCCCCGAAAGGUCUGGCAGGGACCCCCAUCUGCCAGCGCUACGACAACCGCUAUCACUUCGCCACGUUGUACAGUCGACCGCGCCGCUCGCCGUGGUUCUCGGCCUAUUUGUACACGCCGCCGGCGGGAAAGAGGCCCUCGGCUUCCUGGAAGUUUGAGCCACAGUUAGCCUACCCAGAAGCUGGCGGCAACAUGAGCCCCUUCCCUCCGGGCCCGGUGGACCAGAAGGUGGUGGACAGCCAGGCGGUGGAGCUGGACUACAUUAAUUCCACCUUCACCCGAGGCCACAUGAACCCCAGCCUUCACCACCAGAGCCACGAGGACCGCUCGGCCACCUUCACCCUCACCAACGUGGUUCCCCAGAAGGUCGGCUCCAACGACGGACCCUGGGAGGUCCUGGAGGCGACGGUCAACAAAACCCUCUCGGCCUACUGCCUCGGAGAGGCCUACGUGGUGACCGGCGCCAUCCCUUAUCAGGCCGGGGAGCACUGGCUCAAGAAUCACCGCGUGGCUGUGCCGGAGUACAUCUGGUCGGCCUACUGCUGCCCCAACUACAACAACAGCCUUCCAGAGGAGCUGAAGGACGCCUUUCCCACGUACGCCGCCAUCGGCCGCAACGACCGCAACAGCACCGAGGAGAUCGUGCCUGUUAGCCAGUCGGCCAAGAAACAGUUCUGGGGAUAUGACGUGAGGCAGAUGCCGCUGGAAACUCUCGAGAUGUAUCUGAAGGACAGGUUCGCUGCUGUGGUCAGCGUUUUCUAUGAGCAGUGCUCUGGAUCCGACUGAUUCGCCCACAUCGCAGUGUCAGAGUAAUUUCGACUGUUGAGUCGUUACCUGUCAUUUAAUUUCAUUCUGACAAAUUCAUUUUCACUACUUGUCCAAGCACAAAGCGCGGCACAAAAGCUGCUUGGUUACGAUUGGGAAAGAUUGUGGUCCUGGUUAAAAGAAACCAACAUUGACUGUGAGGCUCAGGGCGAAAACAUUUUUUCAUUUUUUUACAGUGUACACGACAAACCUGAAGAGUAGCUGAAACCAAACUUUCUUUCUUUGUCACUUGACAGACCGGAAGGAGCGUAAACCUUAUAAACAAGUAAUCACACUAGAGCGACUGGUCAGUCACCGCUGGAGUUGAAUCCAAACAUCUGGACUUUACGGUUCACGACGUCCUCCGACGGAAGCUUCAAUUAUCAAACCAUGACCUCUUUCUUUUUAAACUUUUUAUUUGCUGCCAUUUCCUGAAUUUAAAGGUUUUAAUAGAAAAACCUUCAAAUGACUUUAUGCUACUUUACUUCUGACAAACAAAAGGAAAAAUUCACAGGACUAAAAAUAGGUUGUUUUAUUAUAGUACAACUCUCAUAUUGUGAGGAGACGCUUAGCUUAGCAUAAAGACUGGAAAAUGGGGAAAACAGCUAGCUUCUCCCAAAGCUGACAAAAAAGUUACUAGUGCAGCUAAAGCUCAAUAUUCAACAUAUUGUAAUUGUUUACUCCAAAGUAUGAACAACAACCUACUAGCUCCAUCAUUUUCUGUAUGAAAUUUAACAAACAACAUGUCAAUGACCUAAUUGUGGUGUUGACAUGUUUCGAUACAAUUGUUACAGAGCCAGGCUAAGUGCUCCAGUUUUUAUGUUGAGCUAAGCUAACUGGCUAGAACUAGCAGCCAGUUAGCUUAGCUUAUCAUAAAGACUGAGCUAAGCUUGUCUCUGUAAUAAAUGGUGUUUCACGGUUCAUAACGCUAUGCUAAACUAAGCUAAGCUAACUGGCUGCUGGUCGUAGCCUUACACUUAACUCUUGGAAAGCUGAUUUAAGGGGGAAGUGAUUCAUGUACCUCAACAUGGGUUUGCAGUUUAUACUGCACCCGACACCCAUGACCACUAGGUGGCCUCAUUGUGCAAUACAUGCAGCUGCUGGACAGUCGGAGCCUCUGGUGACUGUCGGCUGCAACUCGGAGGAAUUCAUUUGUACAGAAUCCAUUUCUUUUUUUCAACAAUCACCAGAUCUCACUGUCUUAUGAGUGCGUUUGUGUUUCAUCUCUGGAUUUAACAAAUAAUGAGACUGAUCUUUCUUUUGAUUUGUCUUACUGUUAAAAUUAACAUCACAUAUAUUUGCAUAUUUCACUCUUGUUGGAGGUUUCCUGACUGGACAUGAAUAUAUAUGAAAGUAGAAAUUGUAUUUUUUGUCUUUUAAAUCAGGGAGAAAUAAAUAAUAAAACGACUAAUUUCGAUGAAAAAAACUUG